UUUCUCGUCGAAAAUCCUCAAGGGCGACAAGCUGCGUCACCAAAUCAGCAAGAAGAGGAUCCAAAGUGGAGGGAACCUACCUGCGGUCAGUCACGCAGGCUGCUUGGCCUUGUCUCCGAUUUUGAAAAUUGCUGCCAAUUGUUUGUUGGGACGUUGGCUUCUCUGCCACGAAGGGUUUGGUCGUUGGUGUGUUUGUUUGCUGCCUGUGUGUCGACGAAGUUCGGACCCAUUUCGCUGCUUGUCUCUCUGGUUCGAUCGCUUUGCAUUUCUCAAGAUUCUGGCGGACGGUGGGAGUUUGACAAGUGAGCUCCUUUUGGUGUCCAUUUCUCUGUCGGGGAUGGAAGUGGCAGGAGGUGAAAGGCACGGUUCCAAGAUGUCGUUGGCGGCGGCAGCAGCAGCUGCGGCAGCGGAUGUUCAAUCUCGCCCAGCUCGUCUGCCCAUCCCCGUCCCCCGGAUGAACCAGGGUCCCCCUAGACCUCCCCUUGUGGAUCGUGAGAAGACAUGCCCACUUCUUCUGCGUGUCUUCACCAAGAACGGCGGACAUCAUACUGUGGAAGAUUUUUCUGUCCGAGGUAAAGAACCCAAAGAGGAGGUUCAAAUCUACACUUGGCGCGAUGCUACUCUACGAGAACUUACCGAACUUGUGAAGGAAGUUUCUCCCUCAGCAAGAAGACGAGAUGCCAGGCUAUCAUUUGCGUUUGUGUAUCCUGACAGACGGGGCCGCAACGUGAUAAGAAAUGUUGGCAUGACACAAGCUAAUGGCAGUUCUAGAAGAGGAGGAGAUGAUGCCAGAAGUCUAGCAGAACUCAGUUUUCAGACAGGGGAUUUUCUGGAUGUAGCGAUAUAUCCUUGAAAGUUUACUACAUCAACUUUUGAAGUGAAUAUAUUCAGGCCUCUGAUUCAUAUUCUCUCUGGGUCCUGUACCAUCGAAUUCUCCUGUUCAUAGAUUUUCUGUGACUAUCCUUUCUUGAGGUUAGUGCAUCUAGUUACUUCUGGUCAGACGUAGGACUGGAUAGUAUGCUCACAUCGAUAAACGCUGCGAAAGGAAUGCCGACCCACAAAGCGGAUAGUACAGUUACGCCAAAGUGAUGUCGAACAUCCGGUGGUGUGAAAGUCGCACACCUGUGGUGAAAACGUGGUGGACAGGUCGGAUGAAGGCGAUUGAAGGAGAUAGAUUCAGCUGUUGCUUAAGGUGUACAGUUUGUUGAUUUCUUCUGCCCUGUAGAGUGUGCCGCUUUCAUUGGGCGAAUAAAGAAAAUGCUGGUUGCUUCA